UCCAUCCCCAGAACUCAAGCCAACCAAACCUGCCCGAAGGCAUUCGGAGCCAGCCAGGAAAAAAAAAAUCCUUCAAGAGUAAAGCACUGGACAGGAGCACCCAGGCUCAUGACCCCUCCCAUUCACUGUACCCUGCAGGUUUCAGGGAGUGGGAGACACUUUCCCCGCUGCACUGUCCCUGCAACACUCCAAGGCCUGUGGCCCCAGCUCAGGCUGGUCAGGUAUUCCUGCCACUCACCACAGGAGGGGACCAACACACUCCCCAAGGGGGUCCCUUCACCCAGCCCAAGUGGAGCUGGAUUGGGUGUGUGCAGUCCACAGUCGCUUGCAUGUUGUGGCCCUUGCUGAGGGUUCGGGUGAGCAUGACCCUGCUGCUCCAGCCUCGCAGGAGAAACCACCACAGGCCUGGCAUUCUGGGCCAGCUGGCUGGCAGUGCUGAGUAUUGGCUGUGUGCCUGGCCCCCGCCCUGACCGGCCGUGGGACAAGAACAGCAGGUAUCAGGCUGGACAGUCAGUGUUUGUGCAGGCACCACAGAGAGGAAGUGUCCAGGAUGCCUGGGCUCCGAGGACACACAGGCAGCAGGGAGCCUACCUUGGGUCCUAGAGCCGCCCCAGUGCGGGGCCUCUACUUUUUACCUGGGCCUCUGAAGAAACUGUUGCUGGUACUGCUACUGUCGCUAACGCCAGCCUGGGCCUCAGUGCCCACUGCAGUUGCGCCUUCGGAGCCCCCUGGCGCUCCCGAGUGCCCAGAGGCAUGUGCCUGCUCUGCGGGCGGCCAGGCCAACUGCUCUGCCCUGGCACUGCUUUCUGUGCCCGUGGGCCUGAGCCGGCGCAUGCAUACGCUGCUGCUUGACCACAAUCGCUUGUGUACGCUGCCGCCCUCCGCCUUCGAGGGCGCGUGCGCCCUGCACCUCCUGGACCUCAGCGAGAAUGGGCUGCGCUCCAUGCACGCCCGGGCCUUCUGGGGCCUCGGCGCCUUGCAGCUUCUCGACCUGAGCGCCAACCAGCUGGAGACGCUGGAGCCUGGAACCUUCACGCCGCUGCGCGCGCUGCGUUCCCUAUCGCUGGCCAGAAACCGCCUAGCGCAGCUGGAGCCGGCGGCGCUGGGCGCGCUCCCUGGGUUGCGCGCGCUCAGCUUGCAGGAUAACGCCCUGUCGGCGCUGGAGCCCCGGCUGCUCGCUCGCCUGCCGGCCCUCGACGCGCUUAGCCUGAGCGGCAACCCCUGGGCCUGCGGCUGCGCCCUGCGCCCGCUCUGCGUCUGGCUGCGGCUGCACCCGCGCGCUUCAGAGGCCGAGCCCCUGCUCUGCGUGUCUCCCGGGCGUCUGACGCUCACCCCUCUGACUGCUUUCUCUGACGACGCCUUCCGACACUGCGCAAAGAGCCUCUCCGUGCGGGACCUGGUUGUGAUCUACGCGCUCGGGCCUGUCUCCUUUCUCGCCAGCCUGGCCACCUGCCUAGUGUUAGGCUCCGUGAUCACCGCCUGCCGCGCGCGCCGCCGUCGCCACCACCACCUGGCGGCCCGCCGCCCGCCGCGACCCCCGGACCCCGCUGGGCCCGCCUGCUGCUCCUCGGAGCCAGAGAGCGAGGUGGCCCCACCUGCCAAGGCCUGAGCGUCCUGGAGCACACUCACCCCACCCCCGCCCUCC